ACUAGGAAACUGAAAAAAGUUAAGAUGGCGUCGUGUUGUUGUGGUUAUUAGCAAGCGGUCAUACAUGGUACUGCAAUUGCGUGUUGUACAGCAGCAGGUGGAGGCGACCAGAUGUACCAGUCGUGCCUGAAGUUUGUGGACAGGUUCCUGCACAAGGACCACAAGGGGGGAUCUCUAGGGGUGGGGAGCAACCAGGGGGGACCCCAAGUGUACCACGAGCGUCAAGUGAAGGAGCUGUGUGCCCUGCACGCCCUCAACAACCUGUUCCAAGACGGCACUGCGUUCUCCAAGGGAUCCCUCGACGAGAUCUGCCACAGGUUCUUAUCACCUGACCACCUGGUGAAUCCACAUAAGAGUGUGCUUGGACUCGGUAACUACGACGUCAAUGUGAUUAUGUCUGCGCUGCAGUUGAGAGGUUAUGAAGCCAUCUGGUUUGACAAAAGAAAAGACCCAAGCUGCAUUGACACCUCCAAGAUAGUUGGCUUCAUUUUGAAUAUUCCGAGCGAAAUGAGAUUCGGAUUUCUUCAGUUCCCACUCAGCCGUAAGCACUGGAUUGCUGUGCGAGAAAUCGGGGGAACCUUCUACAACCUUGAUUCCAAGCUGGACUCUCCUAUUGCAAUAGGAAAGGGUGCUGAGCUGCUACGCUACCUGCGGGACCAAGUGAAGUGCAAAGAUCGAGAGAUAUUCAUAGUGGUGACACAAGAAGUGGGACGUACAAAAGGGUGUUACUUUGAUUCACGAACUACACCACCUCAGCCAGCUCCCAGCCGUAGUGCCACAAACUGUGCUUCCAGCUCCUAGCUGCUAUGUUCACCUCUUUUGCUAGUCACAGUGAGAGCUCUGGUUCGACAGACACAAAUGGCCAAGCAUUGUGGCCACUCACACUUAGUACUGUGGUGCACUGCUGGAAGUGUUUCAUACACCAGAUAUACUGGCAAGUGCUAACCAGUACUUGAAGAAGCCUCUGCUGAAGCAAAAAUUAUGUGGAGUGCAAUACAGACGUGCUCCAAGGAAGCUAGGAGGGAAGUGGUCCUAGCUUGUCACAAACGAGUGAAUGGUUCCAUGAUGCAAUCAUGUCUCAAGCGUGCAAAUAUUGAUUACGAUGUGAUACAAAAACAGCAAAUGCUUGGGAUGUGUCACGAGUCAGCAAACAUUACGAUGCAUAUGAUACAAACAAGUUCACUGUACCACAUCUGCACUGCAUCAGGACUGUGCACUAUAGCUUGCAAGCUGCUACAAAGAAAAGCCAACUUAUAUCUGCGUGAGGGUUGCAAAAUUCUAAUGCAAGCACAGUUUCUGAAAAUUUUAGUUGUGUGUACCGGUGCAAGAUAGUUUGAUUUGUCAUCACAUUCUAUUACGGGUUGAACCAACGUCCAAAAUGACCUUUCUGCCUUAACUUUAUUGUGUAAAUAGUGUUUCUGCUAUAUAUAUGUGGAUCUAUAUAUAUAAUGCUUUCCGUCUUGAUGACACAAAAAAUAUACAAAGUGCUUUUGACAAGA